AUGUCUGGCGAUAGAGGCGCCGAUGCACCAUAUAGCGUAGCGGACUCGCGACGGAAGAGCCGCGCACGGCCGGGACUGCGCUCGUCGGUAUCAUCGUGGAUGCACAAGUUCCGGGCCAACCUGUGCAAGGUGACCUCCGAGGCACUGGCUGAGACCAGCGGCAGCGACAGUGGCCGGAGUACUGUGGACGCACUGUUCGACGGCGCCACCGAGACAGCGGAUGGGCGCGAGCUCGAGGGCGACACGGAGGCCCGCAGCAGCACGUCCCAGACACUGGUCGCGAAGUCGGAGGAGGAGGCCGCGCUCGGCAAACACUCACAAAGCUGGACGUUUGAGACGUUUGACCCGCAUGAGCAGCGCCAAGUGUUGCAUGGUGACUCAUCCGUGCCGUUUGUGGAUGGUCCGAAACUGUGGCACAUCCGGCGUGAGCUCUGGACGGCGCCGACCGCUAACAACUCGGUCCAGGAGGCCGCGGAGCAUCGCGCCAGCUUCCGGAAGAUCAAACCGCACUACUACCCGCGGAUAUAUAGGAAGCUUGUCCUGGACGACCGGCCCCUGUCCCAACCCAUAAACCUGGAAGACGUUAUGAAGAUCAUGGACGCCGGCUGGCUCGAGACAAACAAAUGGGAGCGUGCAUCAAGGGGACUCGCUUAA